UUCCAAAUCAUCGUCUGAUGAUGAUUCAUACAGUGAACAAUGCUGGUGAUUUAGAUGAAAUUUCUUGCCGAGUAAUUGGAGUGAAGAGAUACGUUCUUGCUAAUUGUUGGGGACAUUGGGAAAACAGAUAUGCAUGCAGGGAAUGCAUUGCCCACUCCCCUGUCAUGCAUGGAUUAUUGAUUGAUACGUGCUGUUGCAGUUGGCAAAGUAUCCACUCCUUGUAUUUCGGCUCUACAAAUCCAAUUUGAUGACGUGAAUCUCUUAAUGACACCCCCAUGCAUGCAUGCAAUGCCCUGUUCUUUGUCGACUGCCUCAUCUCCUUAAUUGAACCCACCAGAAUUAGACAUCCUUGUAAUGCUCGAUUGUCCCUCUUCUUCUAAUAAAAUAAGUGUUUUAGGGUGAAUCCACCAAUGUAGGUGGUCGUGCGGUGCGAAAUCAGUUGCUCCAUUGUCUCUUUACCUAAAGCUAAAUCCAGUCUCCCACCAUUUAUAUAUAUAUAUAUGUACCUUUGAAGCCCAAAAGUAAGCGAAGUAAGAGGAGACGUACAAGUGCGCCUAAUUGAGGGAUUUUCAACCAUGGCGUCUUCUCUGCCGAAACAGCCUCUACUAUUGUUUAUCUCCUCCUUAUUCCUACUGCUCCUUUUGUCCCCUCUUGCGCUCGGGUCCCCUAGAGGGGGCGGCCAGCCUGCUCGGCUUACAUACCAUGGAGGACCUCUCCUCACCGGGAAUGUCAAUUUAGCGCUGGUGUGGUACGGACCUUUCGGUCACGUCCAGAAGAACGUGAUCCGGAGCUUCAUCAAGUCCCUCAACUACAGGCCCCCCCGCGGCGCCUACAUGGAGCCUCCGGUGUCCGCCUGGUGGCGCAUCAUCGAGAGCUACCAGCCAAGGAGGAGGGGUGCGGUGGCUCCCAUUAAAGUGAAGGUGGUGCGCCAGGUCACCGACAAGAAUUACUCCGUCGGCAAGGUGUUGACAGUGGAUUUCAUCCCUGGUCUCGUCCAAAAGGCAACGGGCGGGAACAAGAAUACCAUUGCCGUCGUCUUUGCCGCCAGAGGCGUCACCGUUCAAGGCCUUUGCAUGGGCAAGUGCUCCCAACACGGACUCCUUGGGAGGCAGCCAUACAUUUUAGUAGGUGACCCUACAACCGAGUGCCCAGGGGCGUGCGCAUGGCCAUUCUACCCAUCCGACUACGGGCCGAAAGGUGUGACAUUGCAGCCGCCGAGUGGGAACAUGGGUGCAGACGCCAUGGUCGUAUCUUUUGCCUCGGCAUUGGCGGGAAUCGUCACCGAUCCUUAUAACAGUGGGUUCUACAGAGGGUCCCAAUUUGAGCCAACCGAAUCUGGGACGGCAUGCCCUAACAUGUUCGGAAGCGGAGCCUUCCCAGGUUACAGUGGCAAGGUCCGGGUCGACCCCGCCACCGGCGGUGCCUUCAAUGCUCGCGGGGUCAGUGGCAAGAAGUUCUUGCUUCCUGCGGUUUGGAACCCCAAAACUUCCUCUUGCUGGACUCCCUUGUAAUUUCAUUAUAGGGAUUUGUUAGCAUAACAGCUUUUGGGUCAUUAUGAGAAUAACAACGUGUUUAGAGCCACAACAAUCAUGUAUUCAUUUGCUUUUCUUCUUAAUCUAUUCUUUCAUUUCAAA